AUGGUGGCCGCAAAGAAGAUGAAAAAGUCUCUGGAAUCGAUCAACUCUAGGCUCCAGCUUGUUAUGAAAAGUGGAAAGAAUAUUCUGGGAUACAAACAGACUCUGAAGAUGAUCAGACAAGGCAAAGCGAAAUUGGUUAUUCUCGCCAACAACUGCCCAGCUCUGAGGAAAUCUGAAACAGAAUACUAUGCCAUGUUGGCUAAAACUGGUGUCCGUCACUACAGUGGCAAUAAUAUUGAAUUGGGCACAGCACGUGGAAAAUACUAUAGAGUAUUCACACUGGCUAUCAUUGGCCCAGGUGAUCCUGAUAUUAUUAGAAGCAUGCCGGAACAGACUGGUGAAAAGUAAACCAGGAAAGUUUUCCUUUAGUAAAACUUUACCAGAGCUCCUUUAAAAAAAAAAAAAAA